AUGGCUGCUAUGGGGGCCGGCGAGCGGACGGCUGUAGCGGAUGAAGCAGAAAGGGCAGAUGAGGGGGCGACUGUAGCGGAGCCAGUACAGAGCGACGCGGGGAGGCAGUCAGCAGUCAGUGGAAGGAACGGAGCUGACGAGCCCGCUGCUGCGCGGGCUUCCGCGAAUCAUGGCGCGUAUCAGGGUGUGGAUCACGGCGCAGAUCAAGGCGCGGGGGGAGCACGCGCGCGUCAGCAAGUGGCGGCGGCAGGGGCGGAGGAGGAUGAGCGCAGAGACGACGGACUGAGCUUCUGGCAGCACAUGGUCGCAGGAUCCGUCGCAGGCAUGGUGGAGCACAUGGCAAUGUUCCCCGUCGACACCAUCAAGACGCGCAUGCAAGCACUUGCCACCCCCGGGCCCCCCGUCCCCCCCGCUCCCUCCGCACCCUCCGCCGGUUUUUCCGCCCUCCCGUCCGCAUCCCCUUCCGCGCUUUCCUCCUUCUCGUCUCUCUCCGCCUCGAGGAGCGUCCCCGCUGCCACGUCAUGCGCCUUCCAAUCCACGUGUUCUGUCGCAAAUCCAGCAGCAGCAGCAGCGCAGAGCCUGUCGCAUUCGCCCACAAUCAGGAAUGCUGUUUCGUCUAUCCUUAAAACGGAAGGCGCAGCAGGCUUAUAUCGGGGAAUAGCUGCCAUGGGACUGGGGGCCGGUCCUGCCCACGCCGUGUACUUCGCCGUUUACGAAGCGGCGAAAGAGUCGCUACUGAGAAACAGCAGCAGUAGCAGCAGCAACGUCUCCGAUGGUUUAGGGUUUACGCCGGCUUUAGGGGUUUCACUGCCGCCAGCGGUCGCGCAUGCGACGGCGGGCGCGCUGGCGACGGUGGCGAGCGACGCGGUGCUGACGCCCAUGGACGUGGUGAAGCAGCGCCUGCAGCUAAGGCGCAGCCCCUAUGCUGGCGUGGUUGACUGCUGUCGCAAGAUGUUACAAGAAGAGGGGAUUUACUCCUUCUACCGCUCCUACCGCACCACGCUGGUCAUGAACGUGCCCUUCACAGCCGUGCACUUUGCGACAUACGAGGCCAGCAAGGCGGGCCUGGGGCGGGCGCUACCGGGGGAGGCGUUACCUGGGGAGGGCGUGCUGGACGAGGAUAGGCUGCUCACCCACGUGCUGGCGGGCGGCGCUGCUGGCGCUCUGGCCAGUGCCAUCACGAACCCGCUUGAUGUGGUGAAGACCCGGCUACAAUGCCAGGGUGUGUGUGGGGUGAAGCGGCUGCAGAGUGCAUCGGUGACAGCAGCACUGAGCAGCAUAGUGAGGGAGGAAGGGUGGGGGACACUGUUGAGGGGAAUGCGAGCCCGCAUGCUCUUCCACACCCCCGCUGCCGCUAUCGUCUGGUCCACCUACGAAGCUUCCAAGAACCUGUUGCGAGACAUCGUAGUGAGGGAGGAGGGGUGGGGGGCGCUGCUGCAGGGCAUGCGUGCAUGCGUGCUCUUCCACACUCCGGCUGCUGCCAUUGUCUGGUCCACGUACGAAGCUUCCAAGAACCUGCUGCGGGACUUGUUGACGAGACGCAUGGCAGUGCUGCCCGCUUGCUUACUGCUGCAGUUUGUGAAAUUCUCAUGUUGA